CCUAGACUCUGACUCACCUGAAGCACGCGAAGGGAAAGAAAGAGGAGCGGUGUUGGAGGAAGAAGAACAACAGGGUCUAGUCCAAGUACCCCCGGGCGAAGCGAUAGAGCCUGCCACGACCACAGCACCAGAAGCGGGUCAUAACGUCGAAGAAGAACAAACAGAAGCAGGUAGUAGUACUACUCAUGAUAGUACAAGUGGUACUGGUCAAGCACUGGACGACAUCAGACAGGACGAGGAUAAACUGAACAGCCUUCUGCUUCGUGGGUCAUCUACUUCUACUCGAGAAAAAAUUCCUAGGAGGGAAGAUGCAGAAGAAGUUGCUUCGGAUGAUAAUGAUCAUGAUAUGGAAGAUCAUGUUAAAAAAGAAGUUGCAGCAGCAGCUUCAGCAGGUGAUCUGGCUCAUCCUCAUCAAGAACAAAAUUAUAUCGAAGAUAUAAUAGAUCAGCAUGCACUUGCUGAAGUUGAAGGUCAUGCGAGCGUCGAGGAGAUGGUCGUGGACGAAGAUAAGACAGAUCAUGAUCAUAAAGAUCAUGUGGCUGACAAGCAGACAGUAACAGAAGAGCAUCAGAAGAAGCGU